AACAGAAAAAACAGAACUCAAAGAAACACACACACACACACAAGGAAAGGAGAAGAAAUCAUACAAUGGCAGCUAACCAAAACGCAAUUUCGAUGCCCUCGCUAUGCCUCCAGAACAUGGAAGAAGUGAAGAGAGUUUUCGACCGAUUCGACGCCAACGGCGACGGCAAGAUCUCUUCUGAUGAGCUCGGGGGAGUGAUCGAGGCCCUAGGAUCCGAAACCUCCGCCGACGAAGUCGCCCGCAUGAUGGAAGAGAUCGACACCGACAAAGAUGGCUUCAUCAGCCUCGAGGAGUUCGCCGUCUUCUGCAGCGCCGAUUCCGACCCCUCCGGAGGAGGAAACAGUGAGAAGGAGCUGAGGGAGGCGUUCGAUCUCUACGACCAGGACCACGACGGCCAGAUCUCCAAAACCGAGCUCCACCUUAUCCUCACGCGCCUCGGCGAACGCUGCUCCGUGAAUGACUGCAGCGAGAUGAUCAGGUCCGUUGAUUCCGACGGCGACGGAUUCGUCAGCUUUGAUGAGUUUAGGAAGAUGAUGACCAAGAACUGAGGUACGAUGCCGUCUCGAUCGAUGAUAUUAGGGCAGCUUUUUUUAUUUUGGACAAUUGUUGUUCGGGAUUAGUGGUGAUUUGGACUUUAUGAUAAAUUUCUCUGCGUCAAUUAAUAAAUUGAAAUUGUUCAGUCUAUUCAUGUUUUA